AUGAUGGCCAGCAAUGGACAACCUUCAGUUCCACCCGGAUUCCGAUUUCAUCCCACCGAUGAGGAGCUUCUCUAUUACUAUCUGAGGAAGAAGGUGUCUUAUGAAGCCAUCGAUCUCGACGUUAUUAGAGAGAUUGAUCUCAACAAGCUCGAACCUUGGGAUCUUAAAGACAAGUGCAAGAUUGGAACGGGUCCUCAAAACGAGUGGUACUUCUUCAGCCACAAGGACAAGAAAUAUCCGACCGGAACUCGGACAAAUCGGGCAACAGCAGCCGGAUUUUGGAAGGCAACAGGGAGGGACAAGGCCAUCCACCUGAGCACCUCAAAGAGGAUAGGGAUGAGGAAGACCCUAGUCUUCUACAUUGGACGAGCUCCUCAUGGCCAGAAGACCGACUGGAUCAUGCAUGAGUAUCGGCUUGAAGAAGAAUCUGCCCCAGACCUCCAGGAGGAUGGGUGGGUGGUAUGCAGGGUGUUCAAGAAAAAGAACCAUAGAGUUGGGUUCCAAGCAGAAAUGUGUCAAGAACGUCAAGAUCAUCAUCAGGAGUCACAUGACCACAUCAGUCAGUGCAUGAAGUCAGGUGGUGGUGGGGGUUUCUGUAUAACAUCACAAGUGGAGCCCAAGCAACAUCGCCAUCAUCAUCAUCAUCUACAACUACAAUCCCUCCUGAGCAACAAUUACAACAUGGAGUGCUCCAUGCACCUCCCGCAGCUGUUGAGCCCAGAGGUCGCCUCCUCCUCCUUUGGAGAUGUGCAGGAGAUGCUGAGGCUCACCGCAACUUCCAAUUGCAGCAGUUCCAGUGGCGGCGGAGGAGAUUGGUCCUUCUUGGACAAACUUCUUGCGGCCACGUCUCACCAGCAGCAGCACCAGCAGUGCCUGCCGCUGCAGCAGGCUGAUCCAUGCCAGUCGCUGCCUAAAUCCUAUCCACCCUCCCAAGUGCAAGUCGUGGCCGAUGCCAGAGCUUCAUCUCAGCACAAGUUCCCUUUCCACUAUUUGGGUUGUGAUCCAGACAUGUUCAAGUUCCCCAAAUAGCUCGUCAGCUACCUAGGGUUCAACAAUUUCAUUUUGCUUACCAAGAUACUCAUGGCCAGGAUUUUAAGACAGACUUGAUGAUCUGCUUAUCGACUACCUUCUAUUUUUCUUGGGGGGGUUAGUUAAUUCCGAGUUGUAGAAUUACCUCCUUUAAGCUGCUUGAGAGGAUGAAUUGAGGGAAAAUUGUCCUUGGAUAAUGACUUUCUUGUGGUUUUGAGUUGUCACCGCGUAGAAACUAUAAUGGCACGUUUGGUAGA